AUGCAGGGCCAGCGGCAGCGGGGGGCAGGGCCUGGCCAGACACCCCCUCCCAGCAGGUGUCGGAGCGACCUCGCAGAGGAAGCAGGCGACGUUUCCCUCUGCCGGGCUUCUAAAGACAGCGGUGCAAGCAAGGCGCCAGCGGGGCGGAGAGGCGCUGGCGCCGAGUGGCUCUCCGGGGGCGGGGAGGGCUUUUCUACCUGCCCCGCCGGCGGCCCGGACCCCGGGGAGCACAACAGCGCCUGGGGGGAGUUUGAAGGCUUUCAAGAAUCUUCGGCCAAGUCUGAACAGUUCUCCCCAAACUUUGAGCUCCGGGAGAGACCCCCACAUCCUCGACGGCAGUCAGUGGCUUCUACCCAAAAGGAGCAUGGUUCUCGCCAGCCUCCCCAGGGCAGGCCUGGGGUGCCAGGAGCCGCGGGCAGCUCACCUUGUGAGCUUCUGCACAGCUACAAGGACGUGUUCAGGUUUGUUUUUCAAGAAGUACCAGUCCAGCAGGCAACUGAAGGCGUCUCCCCCUUAGACCGCAUCUUAGAACUGCCUGGCUGUGAAUCUGGACAGCAACUGUGUUCUGAAUCUAGAAAACUCUGGAGAGCUCUCCAGAACACAAAUAGCACGUCGGCCUCUCGAUGCCUCGGGAGUGAGUCCCAUUGCCAGGAAAACCUCUUCCUUGUUCUUGGAAUAGAUGCUGCUCAGAAGAACCUUUCCGGAGACCUGGGUCACAUUCUGGAAUGUUCUGACCCCCAAGAGCCUGAAGAACUGGGUGUGCCCACCUUCCGUCUGCAGCCCUGCAGAGCCCUGAUCCAGACCAAGCUCUCAGGGACGUCCGGUGGCAGACAGGGGAGCCUGCUUGCGUGCAGCCUCUUUCUGAAGACCCCCUUACACAAACACGGGCAGUACCUCACAAUUCCAUGGAAAAAGAAGAUUUUCAAUCCACGUAACCUAAAAAUGACCUUGUUUAAUAGUGACAUUUGCUAAAGCGGGAGUACUUUGUAUUUUUAUCAGUUUUACAUUUUCUUACUGGCUUGGUUUGGUACUGGAAACUGGAACUGUUUUGUGGGCAUGUUUCCAGGGACACCCUGUGCGCACCCCGGCUGUGCCCCCUGGUGCAUUUUGGGGUGUGACCACUUUAGAAGAGCGUGUCCUUUGGCAGAGCCAGUCUCAACAGGGAGGGGGUGCCCAGCGUCCCCAGGAGCUCCGCCCCAGCAUGACAGGAACCAAGGUGGCACUGGGGGCCCUGUGCCUGGUGCAGGUGCUGCCGGCCCCUGGGGGCACCCAGGGAGGAACCCCAGGCCUGGCUGCCCACGUGGCUCCGCCGGGGGCACAGCCGGGUGGCCUGGCUCUCAGCUGGAACUGUCUGCAGGAGGCAGGCGCCCACACGCUCAGGGAGUCCGGAGCACGUUCCUGUCACUCCUGGGGGAGAGCGAAGGCCCUGGGAGCACUUACCUGCACCGCUGCCUGUCGGCGGCCUUUCUCUGCACCCGGCCCUCCCCUCCGACUCCGAGCAAGCGCUCUCUGGUUCUGGUGGAGGCACUGAUUUUUGUAAAAUUUUAUUAAAUAAA